CUAAUCUUCACCCAAUAGUGCUUUGCCAUAUUUUUCUAUCAUCCAAUAAAAUUUUGACACACCUAGGUUACAAGGCUGUCUUGGAAGCCCUAAAUCUUUGCUUAUUUGAAACCCUAAUCUUUACCCAAUUAGCCUUUGACAUCUAUCUCCAUCCUCUAGGUUUGCAUUCAUUCAAAUAAUUUUUUGCCAGAUGUCUCAUGUGGACCUCUCCUAUAAUUGCUGGUUUAUGCAAACAACAGGUAUUGCUGGUUUAUGCAAACAACUGGCACAAGUGGUUUAUGGAAACAACUAUGGUUUUAUGAUUGAUUUCUCAAUUUUUCUCAUUUGUGAAGUUUUUUUUCUCUCUCUUCCCCCUCUCUCUCUCGUUCGCUCUGCUCUUUCUCACCUUCCUCUCACACUUUCAUCUCUCUUUCUCUCUGCACUCUCCAUCUCAUCCUUCACCAUAACAUCCACACAACAACCUCCACCACCAUCUACAAAUCAACCACUCGUGAGAGUGAGGGAGUGGCCGAGUGAGAAAAUAUUUGCCGGCGGGAGAGAAGUUCCGGCGAGGAGGAGGAGUUCCGGCCGAGAGAGUUCUUGUGGCGUAGGGUUGGGCAUUAAGGUUGCAAUCAAGUCGGAAUUUAUGAUGGCACCGCCGGAAAUUUAUGCAAUACUUGGGGAGGAAUUAUCAGUAGAAGAUGAAGAGGAAGUUUUGGCAGAGUUUGAGAACUUGGAAACCCAGGUCGAAGCCAAAGGAGAUUCUAGGUACUUCAAAGUUCUGGGUAUUUGCAAUGAUGUAUUUUUGGUUGAUAUGUUCUUUGAUAAGUUUUUUACUGAUUUUGAUAGCAGUCUUUCAUCCUCAAGUAUCAUUGUUCUACCAGAUUUUAGUGAAGAUCCAAGCUUGAAUGACUCUGCAUAUAGCUGUGAUGGGCAGAAGCUGGCCAAUGAUACAAUUGAUUACCCUGUAAAGGAAGGUUUACAAGUUGAACUAAAAUCCCUUAAAAGAAAGAUUGAAGCUGUUUCUGCUGAUGUUCCUUGCUUGAAGAAUGAGGAAUUUAAUAAACUUGCAAAGUUUUAGUUUAUAUGUCUACUGCUUUUAGUGGAUUAUGAAAUAGUAUGAAGGGUAUUUGUGUCUGUUGAUUUUAUUUUAGCAUCUAAAGACAAACCUUUUGUCUUCAAAUCUUUUUUAGCUUAGGUUAUGUAGACUUUGCUGCUGAAAUUAAAGUAUGAAAAACAUAGAAGAAAUGUGUUUAUCUUGGUUUAGCUUAUGAGUUAAGGAAAUAAAUUGCAAGUUUAGUAUGUGUUAAGAACUACUUCUUUUGUGUUGUAAUAGACUGAGCUUUUUUGCCAAUUAAAGUUGGAGGUUAGCAUGGUUGGCCAAAAUGUGGAAUGCAUUUAUUUUCAUUUUUCUUUGGAUAUCUCAUGUUUUCCUUUGUUUUCUCUUUGCCUUGCAGAAUUAUUGUAAAAGAGAGGUGUAAAAUGAUUAGAAAAGCUAUUACAAGAGAAAGAAUUGAAGAUGAUAAAAGAGAUAUAUAUAACAAAUAUGAAGGAAUAUAUCACAUAUUGUCUACCACUACUAAUUAUUCUACCAGUGUAAUAUUAUUACUAUACUUUCUUGGAUUUGAGCACUUAUACUAUGUUUUUGUUUUUGAUUUGCAGCCUGGUUAUGAACGUCUAUGCUGCUUAAGGUGCAUGCAGCCACGCGAUCACAAUUUUGCCACCACCUGUGUUUGCAGAGUACCAAAACAACUUAGGGAGGAGAAGGUUAUAGAAUGCGUUCACUGUGGUUGCAAGGGCUGUGCAAGUGGAGACUGAUUGAACAUCAAUUCAAGUAUCAGGAGGAGGGUUUGUUUUUGGUUUUCUGUUCUUGAAACCCUCGUGGAGUUGCAAGGGCUGUGCAAGUGGAGACAUAUUGUCAUUGAUAUUGUUUUGCAGGAGAUAGCAACCAAAAGUACAAAUUUUGAGAUUAAGAAGUUGACACGAUGAAAAGGCAAAUGAUGAUAAAUAUGUAGUAGCAAAUAUAGCAAAUGGAAUGAAGUGAAGAUUAAAGAGAAGAGAUAGUUAUUAAAUUGGAAAAAGUGGUAGAAUAAAUGAGAUGAAUAAAACAGGUGGAAUCAAAGUUGCACCCCUUUGCUAGGAAUCAAGCACUCUAUGCUCAUUCAACAUCCAGCAGCCGGAAGAUAUUCUAUCAAAGUCAGCAUCAUUAUAUGCUCUAGAAUUCCCAUUAUUUAACUUUGGAACUAUCUUGCUUUUCUUUGUUUUUAAUCUUGUGUUGUAAUAUCUGUACCAAACUUGAAUUUUAUGCUUUUUGGAAUGCUUCAUCUUAAUGAUCAUAUUUUGCGCCUUA